AUGUUACCUAGAGAAAUGUUACUUGGUUUUGCCUGACUGAAAGCCAAGAGCAGCCAUUUGAACUUGGAAUCAACCAAAUGUCAGCACCAAAAGCGUCUUUGGUAAAGCUUGUUGUUCCUGCUGGAAAGGCAGCUCCUACUCCGCCAAUUGGUCCUGCUUUGGGUGCUCGUGGUGUCAAAAGUAUCGACUUUUGUAAGGAAUUUAAUGCUCGUACUGUAGGAUACGUCCCUACCGUUCCUAUACCUUGUCGUGUCACUGUAACUCCUCAAAGGACAUUUUCAUUCACUAUUCAUACCCCUCCUACUAGUUGGCUUAUAUGCAAAACUUUAGACAUCGAAAAAGGAUCCAGUUCACCUAAACACGAUAUUAAAGGGCAACUUAGCUUGAAACACGUUUAUGAAAUUGCAAAAUUAAAAAGCACAGAUCCUACGUUGAAAGGGACAGACUUAAAAUCGCUAUGUAAAAGUGUCAUCGGGACGGCCAAAAGUAUGGGAGUUCAGGUUGUUCUGUAAACGCUUUCACCUGAGCCUUACCCACACCUUCUUCUAAAUGAUAAUUUGUAUUUGGUACCCUUUUUUCCCCUCUCCCCUCUUGUAUAAUUCACUGAUUUCCGAUCUGCUCUUCACACCCAUUUUGGUUCAGAAAUGUAAUAUAAAGUUUAGAUGAAUAAUAAUUAUAGCAAACGUUUUUCGAGUCUGCCUUUAUUUAAUCCUUCCUAUUCAAGUAGUUCUUAGUUUACGAUAU